GCGGAGCCUUAAUAAUUAGAAAAAAUACUUCUUCUAAAUCUUCUCAUAGUCAAUCAUCCCAUUCCAACCAAAAGCCGAACCAACCAAAUCCUCCUUCUCAGUCUCCUCCAAAGCCAAAUAACAAUAAUCCUCCUGCUCCGCCAAUCAUUCCCCCUUCUGGUCCUGAUCAACCUAAACCAACCCCUCCGCAACAACCUCCGAAACCUAAUCUUCCCAAUAACAACAAUAAUUCCGAAAGCAAAGUUUUGGCUAAUUUAAUUAAAACCGAUUUACGAGAUGCUUUAACUAAUGAUAGCCGAUGA